AAUAACAGCUUCAAACAGGUCAUAUAAAGUGGAAAAGAUGCGCUCAUGUUGGUCAGAGCAUGACUUGGAUCCGCAGGGAUGCGGUGAUGACGCAGAACGAAGCGGAAUAACUGGAUGGCACAAAUGAUGAGCGGAAGCGCCAGUGCGCGCGCCUCCCUAUAAUAAUCUGCUUGAAGAGCGGUGCUGUCUCUUUCAGCGCCGCUCUCUGACAAGCCAGCCGAGCGGAGAGGAGGACAGACGAGCAAAACUGACUUUUCUGCAAAGCUCUGUGGAUUUUACUCCUAAAUAUAACACGCGAGUGGGCUUAAAACGUUUUCCCCUGAGCGGAAGAGUUAUCAAAAUCCCAUUUGCUGGAACUGCUUUGUUUUGCAGGGUUAUUUCUAAAGAGGAGCGACCAUGAGGUUCAUGGAAGGGUGAUGUGAUGAGUGAGGAUUUUGAUCAACUUAAGUUUGAUCAUUUUCCAACACUUUGGAGAGGAUAAAAUGCUCUUUUUUCCUAUUCUAAAAGCGACUUCUGGUGCGUAAAUUUGCCCGUUUUUGGUCUCCUUUUGCACUGCUUCUAUCCAGCCGGGAUGCUGGCUUUACUUGUUGGACUCUUGUAUUUGGUAAGCGGGCGCACGGUGCGAAGUCAGGACGCCACAGGUAGCCGCUUCGUCUGCAACGCCAUCCCGCCGGGCGCGGAGCCCGGCUGCGGGUACGGGGCCACGGGGAACCGCGUCCAGAGCAGCAGCCCCGUGGAGGAUGAGCUGCGCAACACCAUCAUCCAGCUUCGCGAAACCAUCCUCCAGCAGAAGGAGACGAUCGUGAGCCAACAGGGAACCAUCAAGGAGUUGAACUCCAAGCUGGCGCGCUGCGAGGCGGCGGCCGACGAGAUGGCGCAGGGCAAGUCCCGGGGUCAGGGCUCCAGGCGCAAGGAGUACGGCAAGAACACCAUGGGGGACCUGCCCCGGGACCCCGGCGAGACUAUAGACCAACUGGGCAAAACAAUGCAAAGCCUGAAGGGUCGCCUGGAGAACUUGGAGCAGCAGAGUUUGCGCCUCCCCAGCUCCAACGUGUCAGCUGGAGGAGUGUCGGCCCUCGCUCCCCUGCCACCGGAGCUCCGCCAGCUGCUGCGGGAACGUCUGGGGGCGCUGGAGACCCAGCUCCUCCGGAAGGUGGCGGAGCUGGAGGAAGAGAAGAGCCAGCUCUACAACGAAACAGCAGCCCAUCGCCAACGCACGGAGAGCGCGCUGAAUUCCCUCAUGGAGAGGAUCACAGAGCUCGAGAAAAGUAAUAACGCCUUUAAAUCACCAGAGGACUUCAAGGUGUCCCUUCCUCUUCGCACCAACUAUCUGUACGGACGUAUCAAGAAGAGCCUCCCAGAGAUGUACGCCUUCACUGUCUGCAUGUGGCUCAAGUCCAGCGCCAGUCCAGGCAUAGGAACUCCCUUCUCUUACGGCGUUCCGGGUCAGGCCAACGAGAUAGUCCUCAUCGAAUGGGGGAACAACCCCAUUGAGCUCCUCGUCAAUGAUAAGGUGGCCCAGCUCCCCCUGUCAGUGAGCGACGGGCGCUGGCACCACAUCUGCAUCACCUGGACAACCAGAGACGGCUUCUGGGAGGCUUACCAAGACGGCGAGCGCCUCGGCACUGGAGACAACCUGGCCCCCUGGCACCCAAUUAAACCUGGAGGGGUGAUCAUCCUGGGUCAGGAGCAGGACAUCGUCGGGGGUCGUUUCGACGCCACCCAAGCCUUCGUGGGAGAACUGAGCCAGUUCAACAUGUGGGACAGAGUACUGCGGCCCGUGGACAUCAUCGGCCUCGCCAACUGCUCAGCCUACAUGCCUGGAAACGUGGUCCCUUGGGUUGACGCUAACGUGGAAGUGUUCGGUGGCGCAAGUAAGGCUGCUCUAGAAAUCUGCGAAGACCGCGCUUUUGAUUCGUAAAGGCUACGAUGCGGGAAUCUUAGUGUAGCCGCCGGAGGAUCAAGAGGCUAACCAUCCUGACUGUGGCUUCUUCUGUCGAAUCCCAAAAGGUCAGGGUAGCAGCAGUGCUCCAUUCUGUGGUUUUUGUUCACGGCGCAGUUUCAAAGAGUUUUUAGGAUUAAACUUUCUAUGUUUAGUUUGAGCCGCAAUAACUUCAAAUUUGUGCGGAAGAAACUGUACGCUGUUGCAUCAGUCGGCAGCGAUGACGCCAGCCGCUCUCAUCUUGUGCUUUCUUUCCUUUUAUGAGCCCUGCUGUCAUUCAGAGACUCUUUGAAAAAAGUUACCCUUGGUUGCAUUCUUCGUAAUGACAAGCCUGCACUGUAAUCCUUGUUAAUGUGAGCUCAAACCAGCUUUGAUGUGCAGCACAAAACCGUGGUUAUGCACAACGUGCUGCAAGCUUUUCCAGUUUGAAGAGCGGUGAAACUGAGAAAGAAAGUCGAUGCUUUUUUGGUGGACAGAUCAUUCGAAUCCAAAAGGCAAAACAUGCAUGAGCCUGAACUGAAGAAAGUGGCGGUGCAUGCUUGCUGUCAAAGAGCAGAGUGAACGCGGUGCAAGCAAGCCAGCGCUGACAACAUUACAUAACUGUGUGUACAGUCCUGUGGUUAUAGCUUGUCUUGCGUGCAAAACGGCCAGAGAUUAUGAGCGAGACAGGACAUUUUCAUUCUUGUAAAUCUAUGCUUAAUACCUCACUGCCCCUUGAGCAGCUGCCACGUCCCAAACAGCUUUACGGACAGCCUGGCUCCGCUCAGGUUAAUAGCCAAGCCGGACAGCUGCCCGGGACUGGCACAUCGACAGAGCUGUGGACGUCAGCAGAGUCCUCAUCAAGGGCAGGGACUGAGUCUGGACCUCAAGAAGGAGCGUCGCCUCACGUGGAUUGUAAUUAUCCAUGUCUAUAAAUGAGGAUGAGAGCAAGCAGCCCUGGACCUCUGCUGUUUUUUUGUUUUUUUCUCCAAGCCAAGUGUGUCAUAAAUGAUCAAAUAUAGAGAUGUAGCGCUGGAGUCAGAUGAGGCCCCUCCUCAGAAGAAACAAGGAAUUUUGCUAUGAAAUGGACUUAAUUGCCUUACACCGGACACAAAUAAAAUCUUUGAUCCAUGGAUGUGAUGUAUUUUUAAAAGUUUGGGGAAAGUGGUGCAUUUUGGCACCAAAAUGAAUGAAACUAAUGAAAUUUACCAAAACAUUUUAUUUUCACAUCUGCAUGCAUUUCCUUUUUAUCAUGUGUUCCCAGAAAGCAUCAAAUGGAUAAAGUUGUUUCUAACAGGUUAUCACUAAUUCUUUUACCAGACUUUCCUAUUAUUAAUAAUUAAAAGGCCUCUAUUUGCAUUUAAAGUAAAUAUAAGAAAAAAAUUGAUGCAGUAAGUUACUUGACAGCACAGAAUGUUACAAAAGAGAAUGCAUUGUGUACCCUGAACAAAAGGUUUGUUAUCACACUGUAAUUGUGUCUAAUAAUGUUGAAAAUGUAAUGUUCCUGCUUAUUCUGCUCAUGAUUUUUGUCCAUCAGCAGCACAGAUUAAAGAAAAAAAAAGCAGAAGUUCUGAGCAUGGUUGAAAUGGCCUUUUUUCUGAGAACCAAACGUGCAUUUCUGCUGGUUGAUAACUCAAAUGUACCGUCAGAACGUCAACCAAGUGUGUUUUAAACACUCCUCUAUGUGCUAUUUUUUCUGAAAAUGAAAGUGAAUGUCCUUUUUGCGCCCAAUAAAAGACUAACAGUUCCAGAAAUGCAACAUUAUAGCUUUAACCAGAUCAUUUAACAGAUAAAUGAAACAGCUGGCUGAACAGUCGAAGCGUGUUUUGUCAAAUUAUCUAUGCCCACAUUAGGGAAAUCAGGGAAGGUAAAUCCCUGCUGAUGCCGUGCAUUACUUUCCCAAAAUAUAUAACAGAACACAUUUGGUAGAGGAGUGUAAGUGUUUGUCUCGUUUGGGGAACUCGUCACAGUAUUCAUAGCAGUAUACGUCCUCUCAUCUGGACAAUGCAAUGUUGUCAGCCGAGGUGAAAUCCUCUGGACUGGCUGACGUCCAGGUGGAAAUGAAAAAAUCUGCCCAUGCGGAUUAUGGGAGCUGCUACGAUGUAGGACACUGUGAGCCGCCUUCUCUCUCCUUGACGCCGCGUGCUGACGCUUCUGUCUGUGUGCUUUUUGAGAUGCAACACGGGGCCCGUCUCUCAGAACAAAGCAAAAAUAUGAGGCCUCCAAAGAGUAGUGUGAAAUAUGUGACACUAUAUACUUUUUUUUUUUUUUGCUGUUUCAUUACAACUGGAUUGCUGCUGUCAUUUUACACAAUCUAAUGUUCAAAAAUGUCUUAAAAUACUUAAUUAUAGAGUAAAAAAUCUAAGGUGCUUUAAAAAAUCAUAUUUCAGACAAAUCUAGUUGUUUUCAAAAAUAAAAAAAA